CACACGCAAAACGCUGCAGGCACAAGCAUCUCACAUUCUCUCUUCCCCACGCAGCCGGAACUCCCCGAAUCCCCAACCCCGAAGGAAGUGACGCUCGAGCACGACCGGACCGGACCGCACCGCACCGCCCGUCUCGCCGAGCCCAGCCGUCUAGAAGCGUCGCCGCCGUCCGCCCGUUCGCACGGCUGCACGCUCUCUAGGGUUCGGUGACCGGGGGAAAUCGCCGGCGAUGGACUGGAGCGCGGUGACGGCAGAGGACCUGGUGGACGCGCUGCGGGAGGUGGAUUGGUCCACGCCGCCGCGCCCCGUCCCGGAGUUCUUCUCCCGCUUCACCGUCCCCCGCUCCUACUCCAAGUGGACAAGCCGCCUCAAGUGCAACCUCUACUACUACAGGACAAACUACUUCAUCUUGAUUAUGCUCAUCCUUGGGAUGGGCUUCCUUUGGAAGCCGGUUGCUAUCCUUGCAGCUUUUAUGACUGGAGUCAGCAUUGCAUUUCUCAAUGACAGUUUCGCAGUCACUUUCAAUGAGAAGGUCACAAGGACUGUGAGACAAUUUUCACCACAUUUAGCUGCAAAGAUGAGGCCACCGAUGACCCCUGUUCUUCGUGGUCGACCAAGCUCAAAGAGAUCAAUUCAUAUUUGUGGGCGACCUCGCUGGGUGUUUGUCUUGUUUUUUUCUGCAGUUAGCUGUAUACUCUGGUUGACCUCCUGCAGUCUCCUCACAGUCCUGUGGGCACUUCUCAUUGCUCUAUUCGCUACUGUGCUUCAUGCAAGCUUCAGAACACCUAAUCUGAAAGCACGUCUGAAUACAUUCAGAGAGGAAUUCCGAGCUGUUUGGCGGAAUUAUAGCGAACUUUAAGGUCUCCUAUGUUUCUCUAAUGUUCAUGUGGUAAGAAAAGGUGUCUCGUGCUGAAACAUCCGUGCUUUUUGGGGAUUGUGCUGUGGGACAUAUGGAUGAAGGUGAUACACCAUUGAACAUUACUCUGAUUACAUGCUCGUUUAGGAGGUGGACUUGGGUUGACUCAGUAGGCGAUGCUACACCUUAGCAUUCGAUCUUCCACAUCGCAAUAAUUUUUUUCUUUCAGAUUUCUCCCUAACCGAGCAUUGAAGAACAGCGUGUAAAGGAUGUAAAUUGUAUCCUGAUCUUGAUCAAACCAUACGUUUUGUUGAAAUGACUGCUUUGUAUCUUUU